AUGGCUUCCCUUCGUGCUAGCGGCGGUAGGUCGUCGCCUGCUCCUGUCAUGUCCAAUGCUUUGACUGGCCCUGUAGAGCCACAACAGGAUCCUUUCAACGCGGCAGUCGCGUCUCCACCGAAUGCCAGCCAUCAACGAUUUUCCAACUUUGACUCCCAGAUCUCCGCACUCGGUCCCAAUGCUUCACCCGCACAGGCAAAACGAGCCUUGGAGGCACAUCUUGCCGAAACAGAUCGACGGAUGGAGGAAGCAGGAAAACUAGGUACUGCUUUAGUUCAGCAACGCAAGGACCUGAGUGAACGGUUAAAAGAGGUUGAAAAGAUGCAAACUGAGGGACAACUCUCAGAUGAUCUUCGCCAAAAGCUGGUUGAAAUUGAAAAGGAUUAUAAUGAAGUCGCUAGAGAGAGUGCACGAGCGUUUUUGCCAAAGCAGAGAGUUCCUAGUAAUGAAGCUAGUGCUGGAUCGCCCUUUGUGCCGGAAGGCAAGGGCGGCAGGCGCUCCGUGAGCCCUUCUAAGUUCGAGGCCCAGGCAACCGGAUCUCCAACUAAGUUUAGUGUGCCCAACCGCAAAGUACGGAAUCAGCCGUCGAACCGAAUACACGACAUCGAAUUCGCUGCCGAGAUUAGUACAUCCUUAAUUGCCCAAGUCCGCAACUUGCAAGGCUUGCUAGCUGAGAAGGAGGAAGAGCUGAAGGAUAUCAAAGCUGAGAGGUCUAAACUCGAAUACGAAACCGAAGGCUUCCAACAACGAGUAAAGGCCUUAGACGAGAGUGAGCAUCGCUACAAGGAUGAGAAUUGGAACUUGGAGACUCAAAUUCAUGAUCUCCUGGCCAAGGAACGAGAGGCUGCAGAUCGCGAAAAGAAGCUUACCCAGGCUUUCAAUAUUCUCCAGGCUGAAAGGAAUGCGGUACAAAGGGAAUUGGACGAGGCCAAGUUAAGCCUGUCUAAGCUCAGUGAGGAAGUUGCCGCAGCCAAUAAGCAACAUGACAUAGAGCUUGGUACCGCGAAGCGAAAUAUUGUCAUAGCGGAUUCUGAGCGCUCCGCGCUGCGGAAAAAGAUCGAUGAUCUUACCGGCCAGAACCAAGAGCUCGCCAAGGCUGUUUCAGCUUCGCAGAGAGCAAAGUUCAUCGAACGCGAGUCAAUUCUUGGCAUGAGCGAGGAAGAUUUCGAGACUGCGAACGACAAAUCGACACCCGAUCAAUCCCCACCACAGUCCCCUGUGAAAGGUACCCCACGACACUCCAUGUUGGAAUCAGAAACGCUAAAGACCUCUUUGGGACACGCCCAGCGUACAAUUCAAGGCCUAAGAAACAACGUCCAUCGUGAGAAGACGGAGAAGCUUGAGCUAAGGCGAAUGCUCCAGGAAGCUCGCGAUGAAUUAGAGAAAGUGCGAAGCGAGCCUCCACCCCAGAGCAAGCGUGCCCGAAAAGCUGAGGCCAAGGAGCUUAAGAAGCCUCUGAGAUUGCUUGGUGGCCUGCGUACUGCCCGAAGUGAAGUCUUAUCAGAAGAUUCCAAUUGGGAAGAUCAGCCUGAAUCCAUCAGCCCCACUCAUGGCUCUAUGGCGUCUCGGGGAUCGAGCAAGUUCCAGUCAGUAUCGGAGGAACCCUUUGAGACGGCCAACGAGACGAGCGAUGCCGCGUUCGAAACAGCGAAUGAGCCUGUGACCGAGACAGAUGACUUCCACACAGGCGAAGAGUUCUCCAGUGACGAUGCCGAAACUGAGACAGAGACGCCUUCUAGGCGGCUUACACCAAGGAAUAGACCUAGCUUUACUUUCGGCCAGCGUAGCGGAUCCAUGGACAGCACAGCAUCGACCGAAGAUGAUGAGUAUGCCUUCAACCCUGAUAUAAGAACAACGCCUACAAUGCUUCCUCCGCUUCAAGCAAGGUUCCCGCUCCGCGUAAGCCGCGGUGCUUUCCGCCGUUCAAGACAGCACAGCGAAGAUGCGCCAUUCACUAGCAGUCCACCAAGUCUCGCAAGCAGUAGCAUACGGGGUACUCCGAAACAAUCCUACAGCUUGGCAGCUGAGUUGGGAGAUUUCGAUGGCAGUGAUAAUGAAUCAGCCCUAUCUGCUACUCCUAGUCGAAGAUCGCUUAGGGCUAGAACAGCGUCACCUCCGCCUGCACUUCCGCCAAUGCCUAGGGCUAUCAUGAUUGACAACGGAACAAUGACAGAUUCUAAUGGUACCAAAUCCCGUUCGUCUUCAGACGCUCAUGCAGUCGAGAUUGCAGCUCUGCUAGUUCAGCACGACAGGGCUUUGAGGGAAAUGACGGAUGAAAAGGCUGCUGAAUACGCUUCCGCUUUGGAGGAGUUAAAGAGCCGGCACGCGGAACAACUUAGCAAAGCACAGGCUGAAGCUAGCUUAGCUCACUCGCAAGAACUUGAAGUCCUCAAGGCAAACCAUGAAGACGCAAUCAGCAAAUCCAUCGCCGAGGUUCACGCCACACAUGCUCAGGAAUUACAAGCUCUAGGAUCAACUCAUACCACCGAGUUAAGCACAGCUCUCUCUAACGCCCAAAGUGCCUAUGCACAAGAACUGGAGGCGCUUAAGUCAAGCCACGCCGAAGAACUUAGCAAGGCUCUUGCCAACGCGAGCGCAACUCAUGCACAGGAAAUCGAAGAGCUUCAAACAAAUUAUGCCAACCAAAUCACUAAGGCAGUUGCGGAAACUCAAGCAGCUCACGCCCAGGAGUUGGAUGCUUUGAAGGCUGCUUUCGCUGAGCAGUUGUCGCAGCAAGAAUCAGAGAACAAGGCGGCUCACGAUGCUGAAUUAGAAGCCCUCAAAUCCUCUCAUACAGAGGAGGCUUUGACAAGGGAGUCUGAGCUCAAGGCUGCACAUGCCUCCGAGUUGGAAACCCUAAAGGCGAAGCAUAUGGAAGAUGUGAACAACUCACAGAGCGAAAGCCAUGCCCACCACGCAUCGGAGAUUGCUGCGUUAGCUGCAGCUCAUGCCAGCCAGAUCACUCAACUCAAGUCAGAGCUAUUUAAUGCCCAUGCCCAACAGGUCCAAACCCUCCAAACCGAAUUUGCCGAACAGCUUGAUAAGACCAGACAACAAUCCGGUACAACUCACUCAGAGGAGCUUAAUGCAUUGAAAGCAAGUCAUUCGCAACAACUCGAGGAAGUGAAGAGCACCCUAGCAGCGGCACAUGCUGAAGAGUUAAAUUCCGUGAAGGCAGCUCAUGCCAAGUAUGUGGAUGAUCUGAAGAAGGACAACGAAGCUCAACAUAGUGCGGAGAUUGCUGCGCUCAUUGCAUCCCAUAGCAAGGAGAUUGAAUCUGUCAAGGCUGAAGGCGAGGCUAGAUUGUCUAAGGAAAUUUCGGCUCUGAAGGAGCUCCACGCCCAGGAAAUUGACUCGCUAAAUGGCCAACAUGCCGUUACUCGUGCUCAAGAGCUACAAGCCUUCAAGGCGGCUAUCGACAAGCAAACCGAAUCCUCUAAAGCCGAAGGUGAUGCAGCACUCACCCAGCAGAUCGAAGCCCUCAAUGCUGCUCAUGUUGAAGUUUUGGAGGCCCAAAAGCGAGACAGUGAAAAGUCGCAAUCCCAGGCCAUAGAAUCACUCAAGGCUGCGCACGAAAGGAACGUCGAGGUCUUGAGGAAUGAGAAUGCCGCCGCAAGAAGCAGAGAGUUGGAAGCAGUGGUUUCCAGCCACUUGGUGGAGUUAGAUGCUUUGAAACAAGAGCAUGAGUCCUCUAAGUCCAAAGCGCUUGAAGAACUUCGCCAAAGCCAUCUUCAAGAAUUGGCUGCUUUAAGCUCGGAGCACGAGUCAGCUAAAGCCAAACUUUCCGAACAGCUCAACGAAUCUCAUUCUCGGGCGUUGGAUAAUCUUCGCCAAGAGGUCGAGUCAUCCAAGGCUGCCGAGAUUGCGGCCUUAGAAGCCGUCCAUGCUGACAGUCUGCGUGCACUCAAGAAUGAGCAUGAAGUAGAAAUGUCGCAGAAGCUACAGGAGCUAACCGAAGUCCACGCCGCCGAAAUCGAGAAGUUGGCAGCUGAGCACGAAGCGGAAUUGUCGUCGAAGUUGCAAGACUUGGCAAACAUCCACUCACGAGAGUUAGACACCGUUCGACACGACGGGCAUAUUUCGCAAUCCAAUGUCGUUGCGUCGUUGACGGCUACUCAUGCAAAGGAACUAGAGAGUCUGAAGCUGGAAAGCGAAACUGAUCAUUCACAGGCACUAGAAGAGCUUAAGAUAGCCCACACAAGAGCGUUGGAAGAGUUUAAGAAGGAGCGCGAUGCUGACCAGGCCCAAGCCCUAGAAGCUCUCCGUGCAAGCCACUCACAAGAUUUGGCCCGAUUACAGCGCGAAGCUGAUGCCACACUCGAGAGAGAAUUGAACACUCUCAAGGCUGACCACGCCAAUGCCCUCGAGUCCUUCAAGGAGGAAAGCGCCGCAGAGAAGGAGCAUCUCCUUGCUACACAUGCUGCAGAGCUCGAGGCUCUUCGAAAAUCGCUGGAGGACGCAUUAUCACCUCCUCUGGGCUUCUCCCGCAUGAACUCAACCGAAACUGAGCCAGUUGAGACUCACCGUCGACCACAGACUCCAACUUCCGCCGCCCUUGGGUUGUCUGGACGAAAGGGCGACAAGGCUCGCACGAUCGAAAUUGCUGAGGAUGAUACUCGUCAAUCCCCGAGCGCCAUUCCUGGUCCCGAGACCCCAGAGUCGCAGCGUCCCUUCAAGGAGUUAUCAACCAAUACCAAUGUUCGCCCUUCACAGAAACAAACGGUCCACACCUUCGACCAGAGCUCACAAACAACCCUUACCUCGGGCGAGCUUCAUCGCUUACUCAACCAAGGUCAUAUGUCUCAAGACUCAGUCACAAUUAAGACUGCUAAAGGUGAAGUCACCGUGACGCCUUUCGAUGACUCUCAGGCGAGGCAAGAAGCGGGCGAAUCUGGACUUGAGACCCUACCUGCUCGACGACCGGGUAGCUCAUCUAGUGGUAUGCCACCUUUGCCUGCCAAUCACCGCGAGGCGAUCGAAGCCGCGCGAACGGGCUCGUCUAGCGGUGGGAAGGGAACAAUGGCACCUCCUAUGGUUCCUGCAUCGGCCUUCAAAGCACCAACUUCGCGGCCAGACACCCCAAGCAGCAAACGUCCCAUGUCCCCUCUCUCGGCCAGAGGAACUCCAACUCCCCGAGCAGGGAAGAGUAUGUUGCCUGGUCGCCUUCGCAGCAGACAAUCAUCCGUAUCGUCAUUCGCAUCUGAGAUCGAUACGAGGUUCAACAAUCGCAACGAGAUGCCCUUCGAAGCUGCAGGCUUCGGUCCCAAUACUGAUCCUCGUAUGAUUCAAGCCAUCACGCAGACCAUGAUCGGUGAAUAUCUGUGGAAGUACACGCGCAAGACUGGUCGUGGAGAAAUGUCGGAGAACAGACACAGACGGUAUUUCUGGGUGCAUCCUUACACCAAGACAUUAUACUGGAGUGACCGUGACCCAGCUGCCGCCGGUCGAUCUGAAUUGAAGGCCAAAAGCAUUCCUAUUGAGGCCGUGCGUAUAGUGGGCGACGAUAACCCUAUGCCGCCGGGGCUUCACCGAAAGAGUCUUGUCAUCAUUUCCCCCGGUCGAACGGUCAAGUUCACCUGCACAACUGGCCAACGGCAUGAGACUUGGUUCAACGCACUCUCUUACCUGUUGCUGCGAUCGGGUAAUGAGCCCCAGGUGGACACCGAAGAGGUAGCUACCCAAAUCACGCUAGAGGAUGUAGACGAGUUCAAUCCCUCUACCACUCGACGCCCUACGAACGGCAACCGUGCACGACCGCCGCCGUCUUUGUCCUCGUAUAACUCUAGGACUACACGUGGCCACGAGUCACCUAACCCGGAGCUUUCUAUGAACAUUCCAACGCUCACUCCCACACGAGAGAGGGAAAGCAUCCGCAGCGGUAGCACCCUGGGCACUUUGGGCAGAUUAAGUGGUUACUGGAAAUCGAGUACGAUGAAUAGUUUCAGCAGCUUAAGAAGCAGAAGUCACCUGCCCCAAGAUGACGCCAUUUACGAAGCCAGCGAAGUACCUGACAGCGCCGAGGAUUUAAGAAAGAUGAUUGAGCAGCAGGACCGUGAGUCUGACAGGCUCGAGAACGUCAGAGCCUGCUGUGAUGGGAAGCAUGAUGUUGGGACACUAUCGCACACCAAACGUGGUGGUCGUCUCAGUAGCUUGCACUCGCAUACUCUUACUCACUCUCACACACAUACUCAUCCUGGGCCAUCAACAACCCCGACUCCUUCAGGCACGACGCAAAAUCGCACAUGA